GCCGACGACGAAGGCGGCUGCGGCGGCGACGACGGCGGAGCCUUGGGUCGGUGUCUGCGCGCUGGUGUCUGAGGCCCAGGCUGAGGCCUCCUCGGUAGCCCGAGCGCAGGCGGUGGUGAGGAUGACGGCCGCUGCCGUUUUCUCCUGAGCUAGAGCCGCCGCUACCCUCCCCCUCCCCCGGCAGGGCGGAGAGGAGCGGCCGGAGUCUGAGCGAUGGUGCCCGGCGAGGAGAACCAACUGGUCCCGAAGGAGGAUGUGUUUUGGAGAUGCAGACAAAAUAUCUUUGAUGAAAUGAAGAAGAAAUUUUUACAGGUAGAAAAUGCUGCUGAAGAACCAAGAGUCUUAUGUAUAAUACAAGAUACUACUAAUUCAAAGACAGUGAAUGAACGGAUCACUUUAAAUUUACCAGCUUCUACACCUCUCAGAAAGCUCUUUGAAGAUGUGGCCAACAAAGUAGGCUACAUAAAUGGAACCUUUGAUUUGGUGUGGGGGAAUGGAAUCAAUUCUGCUGAUAUGGCUCCACUGGAUCAUACCAGUGACAAGUCUCUUCUUGAUGCUAAUUUUGAGCCAGGAAAGAAGAACUUUCUGCAUUUGACAGAUAAAGAUGGUGAACAGCCUCAAAUACUGCUGGAGGAUUCCAGUGCUGGGGAUGACAGUGUUCAUGACAAAUUUAUAGGUCCACUUCCAAGAGAAGGUUCUGUGGGCUCUACCAGUGAUUAUGUCAGCCAAAGCUACUCCUAUUCAUCUAUUUUGAAUAAAUCAGAAACUGGAUAUGUGGGAUUAGUAAACCAAGCAAUGACUUGCUAUUUGAAUAGCCUUUUGCAAACACUUUUUAUGACUCCUGAAUUUAGGAAUGCAUUAUAUAAGUGGGAAUUUGAAGAAUCUGAAGAAGAUCCAGUGACGAGUAUACCAUACCAACUUCAAAGGCUUUUUGUUUUGUUACAAACCAGCAAAAAGAGAGCAAUUGAAACCACAGAUGUUACAAGGAGCUUUGGAUGGGAUAGUAGUGAGGCUUGGCAGCAGCAUGAUGUACAAGAACUGUGCAGAGUCAUGUUUGAUGCUUUGGAACAGAAAUGGAAACAAACAGAACAGGCUGAUCUUAUAAAUGAACUGUAUCAAGGCAAGCUGAAGGACUACGUGAGAUGUCUGGAAUGUGGUUAUGAGGGUUGGAGAAUCGACACAUAUCUUGAUAUUCCAUUGGUCAUCCGACCUUAUGGGUCCAGCCAGGCAUUUGCUAGUGUGGAGGAAGCAUUGCAUGCAUUUAUUCAGCCAGAGAUCCUGGAUGGCCCAAAUCAAUAUUUUUGUGAACGUUGUAAGAAGAAGUGUGAUGCACGAAAGGGUCUUCGGUUUUUGCAUUUCCCUUAUCUGCUGACCUUACAACUGAAAAGAUUUGAUUUUGAUUAUACAACCAUGCACAGGAUUAAAUUGAAUGAUCGGAUGACAUUUCCCGAGGAACUAGACAUGAGUACAUUUAUUGAUGUUGAAGAUGAGAAAUCUCCUCAGACUGAAAGUUGCACUGACAGUGGAGCAGAAAAUGAAGGCAGUUGUCACAGUGAUCAAAUGAGCAAUGAUUUCUCCAAUGAUGAUGGUGUUGAUGAAGGGAUCUGCCUUGAAAGCAAUAGUGGAACUGAAAAGAUUCCAAAACCUGGGCUUGAAAAGAAUUCUUUGAUCUAUGAGCUCUUCUCGGUUAUGGUUCAUUCAGGGAGUGCUGCUGGUGGUCAUUACUAUGCUUGUAUAAAGUCAUUCAGUGAUGAGCAGUGGUACAGCUUCAAUGAUCAACAUGUCAGCAGGAUAACACAAGAGGACAUUAAGAAAACACAUGGUGGAUCUUCAGGAAGCAGAGGCUAUUACUCCAGUGCUUUUGCAAGCUCCACAAAUGCAUAUAUGCUGAUAUAUAGACUGAAGGACCCAGCAAGAAAUGCAAAAUUUCUAGAAGUAGAUGAAUAUCCAGAACAUAUUAAAAAUUUGGUGCAGAGAGAGAGAGAAUUGGAAGAACAAGAAAAGAGGCAACGAGAAAUUGAGCGCAAUACAUGCAAGAUAAAAUUAUUCUGUUUGCAUCCUGUGAAACAAGUGAUGAUGGAAAAUAAAUUGGAGGUUCAUAAGGAUAAGACAUUAAAGGAAGCAGUAGAAAUGGCUUAUAAGAUGAUGGAUUUAGAAGAGGUGAUACCUAUGGAUUGCUGUCGUCUUGUUAAAUAUGAUGAGUUUCAUGAUUAUCUUGAACGAUCAUAUGAAGGAGAAGAAGAUACACCAAUGGGACUUUUACUGGGUGGAGUCAAGUCAACAUACAUGUUUGAUCUGCUGUUGGAGACAAGAAGACCCGAUCAGGUUUUCCAGUCUUACAAACCCGGAGAAGUGAUGGUGAAGGUUCAUGUUGUUGAUCUAAAGGCAGAAUCUGUAGCUGCUCCUAUCACUGUUCGAGCUUACUUAAAUCAAACAGUUACAGAGUUCAAACAGCUUAUUUCAAAGGCCAUCUAUUUACCUGCUGAAACAAUGAGAAUAGUGCUGGAACGCUGCUACAAUGAUUUGCGUCUUCUCACUGUGCCCAGUAAAACCCUGAAAGCUGAAGGGUUUUUUAGAAGUAACAAGGUGUUUGUUGAAAGUUCUGAGACUUUGGAUUACCAGAUGGCCUUUACAGACUCUCAUUUAUGGAAACUCCUGGAUCGGCAUGCAAAUACAAUCAGAUUAUUUGUUUUGUUACCUGAACAAUCUCCAGGAUCUUAUUCCAAAAGGACAGCAUACCAGAAAGCUGGGGGUGACUCUGGUAAUGUGGAUGAUGACUGUGAAAGAGUCAAAGGACCUGCAGGGGGUCUAAAGUCUGUGGAAGCUAUUCUAGAAGAAAGCACUGAAAAACUCAAAAGCUUGUCACUGCAACAGCAGCAGGAGGGAGAUAAUGGGGACAGCAGCAAAAGUACUGAGACAAGUGACUUUGAAAACAUUGAAUCACCUCUCAAUGAGAGGGACUCUUCAGCCUCAGUGGAUAAUAGAGAACUUGAACAGCAUAUUCAGACUUCCGAUCCUGAAAAUUUUCAGUCUGAAGAACGAUCAGAUUCAGAUGUGAAUAAUGACAGGAGUACAAGUUCAGUGGACAGUGAUAUUCUUAGCUCAAGUCAUAGCAGUGAUACUUUGUGCAAUGCAGAUAAUGCUCAAAUCCCUUUGGCUAAUGGACUUGACUCUCAUAGCAUCACGAGUAGUAGAAGAACUAAAGCGAAUGAAGGGAAAAAGGAGACAUGGGAUACAGCAGAAGAAGACUCCGGAACGGACAGUGAAUAUGAUGAGAGUGGCAAGAGUAGGGGAGAAAUACAGUACAUGUAUUUCAAAGCAGAACCCUAUGCUGCAGAUGAAAGUUCUGGGGAAGGACAUAAAUGGUUGAUGGUGCAUGUUGAUAAAAGAAUUACUCUGGCUGCUUUCAAACAACAUUUAGAGCCCUUUGUUGGAGUUUUGUCCUCUCACUUCAAGGUCUUUCGCGUGUAUGCCAGCAAUCAAGAGUUUGAGAGCGUCCGGCUAAAUGAGACACUUUCAUCAUUUUCAGAUGACAAUAAGAUUACAAUUAGACUGGGGAGAGCACUUAAAAAAGGAGAAUACAGAGUUAAAGUGUACCAGCUUCUAGUCAAUGAACAAGAGCCGUGCAAGUUUCUGCUAGAUGCUGUGUUUGCUAAAGGAAUGACUGUACGGCAAUCAAAAGAGGAGUUAAUUCCUCAGCUCAGGGAGCAAUGUGGUUUAGAGCUCAGUAUUGACAGGUUUCGUCUAAGGAAAAAAACAUGGAAGAAUCCUGGCACUGUCUUUUUGGAUUAUCAUAUUUAUGAAGAAGAUAUUAAUAUUUCCAGCAACUGGGAGGUUUUCCUUGAAGUUCUUGAUGGGGCAGAGAAGAUGAAAUCCAUGUCACAACUCGCAGUUUUGUCAAGACGGUGGAGGCCUUCAGAGAUGAAGUUGGAUCCCUUCCAGGAGGUUGUGUUGGAAAGCAGUAGUGUUGAUGAGUUGCGAGAGAAGCUUUGUGAAAUCAGUGGAAUUCCUUUAGAAGAUAUUGAAUUUGCCAAGGGUAGAGGAACUUUUCCCUGUGAUAUUUCUGUCCUUGAUAUUCAUCAGGAUUUGGACUGGAAUCCUAAAGUUUCUACCCUGAAUGUCUGGCCUCUUUAUAUCUGUGAUGAUGGUGCAGUCAUAUUUUAUAGGGAUAAAACAGAAGAAUUAAUGGAGUUGACAGAUGAGCAAAGAAAUGAACUGAUGAAAAAAGAAAGCAGUCGACUCCAGAAGACGGGACAUCGUGUAACGUACUCACCUCGGAAAGAAAAAGCACUAAAAAUAUAUCUGGAUGGAGCACCAAAUAAAGAUCUGACUCAAGACUGACUCUGCUAGUGUAGCAUUUUCCCUGGGGGAUUUUGGUUUUAAUUAGACGGUUCACUGCUACUGUGUAGUGUGCCAUUAUAGCCGGACGUGGUUAGGGGUAACCCAGUGAUACCAGCACUGAUUGGACUGCCCUUCACCAAUCAGAAGCUCAGUGCCCAAUGGGCCACUGUUUUGACUUGGAAUCAUGUUGUGCACUAUAGUCAAAUGUACUGUAAAGUGAAAAGGGAUGUGCAAAAAAAUAAAAACAAAAAGCAAAACCUGCUACUAGAAAAGGGGAAAGGGGAAUGAGUAAACUUCUUUUCUUGCAGACAGAUGUGCACAUAGCCGCUAGUCAAACCAGCCUCAAACAGGAUGCUCAUAGCUUAAUAAUAAAAGCUGUGCAAAGGCCAUGAA